AAAUUCGUCUGUCGGCGACGCGUAGUCGGCGAGUUAGUCGUCGUCUCAGUCGCGAUCACCCGCCGUUACAGUCCACUCGUUAUUUGCAACAGAUUAUAAAACCAUGGCCCGCUUUGGAAUCACGUUGUGCCUAGCCACGGUACUCGCCCUCAUAGAAAUAGGGUCCUGCCUUCAAUGUUACCAGUGUAAUUCUCAAUCUGACCCGACUUGCAACGAUCCAUUCUCGUCAUCAAAAAGCCUAGUUGACUGCUCAACUCAAGAUUCUGUGAACUACAACCGCCUUUAUCUGAAAGAUUUGUUGCCACGGGAACUCAUUGAUUCCGUAGUUGGCGCGCCUAGGUAUUGCCACAAAAUUGUUAUGGAGAACGGCGCAACAAUCCGAACUUGCUUGGAUGCGAAUCCUACAGACCUGGGCCAAUCAUGCAGUCUUAUCACCAGGAUGCCAGUCCAACCAGACCCCAGCAGACAUGUCAAGACGUGCAGUGUUUGUAACAAAGACCGCUGUAAUGGAGCAUCAUCUGUAGCAUUCUCUCUACCUUUAGCUUUAGCAGCGCUUUUAGCCUCUUAUCUCUACAGCAAGCAAUAAUUGGCUGCAUUAAAAGUUCAGCUUCAUUAUUGCUUCCGCUUAAAAUGUUAAGUGACAAAUUAAUUUUAAAACGAACAUAAGAUAAGGCCAGUAAUUGUUGAAAGCACACCGAUUUUAUAUAUUAAGUGCUAAAAUAAAUGAUAAUAUUGAUAAAAAACAACAACAGUGCACUUUAUAUUAUUAAUUUUAUAACUAUUACGUAAUACUUGAAAUAGAUUUAAAUUGAAAACUCGAGAUAUGUCAAUGUUUGGGAUGUGAGAGUGAACAUCCGCGUUUUUUUUUUAAAUUUAUUAUUAUAGCUUCGGCCUUAUAUAAACAUCCCGUCCAACAUGAUUGUUCUGACUGUUGCUUGUUGAAAUAGUUUUUAAUAGAUAUAGGUUUUAAUGUUUUAAAUCGUGAUCAUUGUGAAUUAUUGUAAUAAGAGAUAAACAAAUAAUUAUAGAUCACUUAAUGUAUACAAAUUUGCUACAGGUGGUGGCUGUUAUUCAUAACGACCAUAUUGGAUAUAGAAUAAACAUAAAAGUCACACUCAUUAUUUAAAAUAAUAUAUUUCAAGCAUAAGAUGAGCUGUGUUUAAUCGUUUUUUUAAUGCAAAAUUAAAAAUAAAUUUUGAUAAGGUCUCCAUCAAUAUUGUCAUCACUAUUACUAUAGUAUGAUUUAAUUUUAUUUUUUGUUUGAAACCUAGUAACAUCAUUUUGACUAACAACAUCCUAUGACCUAUAUUAUUUAAUUGAAAUAUACAAACUUGAAUGGCAAAUCGUUAGUAAUUAUUGUUUUAUCAAUAUAAAAAAAAUAUCGUUUAUGUUACGUACGUGUUUAUGUGUACCUAGUGUAUAUGUUUUUAAUAAAGUUAAAGAGAAA